AUGGCAUCCCUCGGACGCCCUGACGCUAUUCUGGUCCCUCGGUGCCCCGUCAUUUUCAAUGGCACCAAUUGGGGCGAUUUUGUUUUCCAUAUGGAGGUCCACAUGGAUGGGCAACUGCUGUGGGGCUACCUCACGGGUGAGCGGAUCUGUCCUCCCCGUCCUCUUCUUCCCACACCGCCCACAUACCCGCCAGAUGCUGAUGAUGAUGCCAAGAAUGAUUUACUUGAGGCAUUUGAGGCUGAGAUGGAGAGCUACCAGUCUGAUCUUGGUGUCUAUGAGACUUGGCUACGCGAGGAAAAAUCUGCUAAGGCCAUCUUACUUGCGAGCAUGGAGGUCGAUCUCUCGUUAUUCCAUAGAGGUCUUGCCACUUCACACCUUAUGUGGGAUCACCUCUGUCGCAGUUACGAGAUUCGUAACGAAGCGAUGUACCUUGCUGUUGUUGAGGAGGCUCAGUCGCUUCGUCAGUUUGACUCCACAGUUGAGGGCUUCCACCGUCAGAUGACAGCCGUCUGGCAUCGCCUAGACAGUUUGGGCACCGAGUUCUGCGGUGGUGGGGCACCUUCUGGUAUUCAGUGUGGCUACUGCAAGAUCUAUGGUCAUGAGGAGAAGGAUUGCCGCAAGAAGCAGCGUGAUCGAUCAGGGCGUUGUGGCAGACACUCUUUUCAAGGCUCUGGUGGUUCCUCUACUUCACAGAGCACUCGUUCUGUGUCUGCAGCGGAGCAGGAGGUUCUUGGCCUGUUUCGUCGCCUCACUACUGCAGCUCAGGCCUCUGGUCACGGGACUACAGCUCAGGCUUCUAGUUCUACUCCUCCUCCGUCAGGAUCUCCGUGCGGGCCUUUUGGUGGGAACUGGGCCUAG